GUCGCUGCAUUCCGACGAGCUACGCUACCACUUCCAUGCUUUUUUCGAAUUCCAGCGCCGUGUUGACUGGACGUCGUUGCGGAGUGUGGAGUCCCACUCCAUCAGGCCCCACGCGCGUCCAACCUCAGCGAGAGGGCCGAAGCUGCGAGAUGCGCUGGAUCACGGGCAUUUUUACGUUUAUUGCGACAAGAUUGGAAAUUAUCUUCCAUGGCGUGAUUACGGGGUUCGUGGAUUCUGGAUAGAUGUGCUUUGGUCCGAGCACAAGCUGAGCCACGCAACAUACCUUCUCUACGCGUCCAGAGUUCGUGUUGGUUUCGUGGGCCGUCAAAAGCAAGUCGAAGCUGUGCAGCGGUUUGAACAAGCGGAGUGGUUUCUGCAGAAGCAGACACCUGUGGCGAGCCAACUUUCUGCCGCCCUAAGACGGCCCUUAAAACACGAGAUUCUGGACCUUGUUCGUCCUUGGGCCGGGCAGUAUGGGGAGGAUCGGAUGCGGUACCAGUUUCUCGUCAUCCGUGGGGGGUCUUGUUCUGGAAAGUCAACAUUGGCAAAGGCUCUUGGCGAGAUCUUCGGCUUUGGUCAGGUGUUCACGCAAACUGUCCAAGAUGCCCCCGCGCCAGAUCUGGCGAAAUAUGAUGCCCAAAAGCACGGCUACUUGCUGUUCGACAAUGUCAACAGUCAUACAUUCGUCUUGGACUCGAGAGCACUCUUUCAAGCAAACAGUGACGUCCACACGCUGGGAGUGAGCCGCACUUUCAUGUACAGUUAUUCUGUCUGGCUUUGGAAGGUGCCCAUAGUGGUAACUGUCGAUGAUUCGGCAGAGUGGGACAGCACAGAACCGUGGAUUGCAGAGAAUGCGAUGGAAGUUCUGUUUCCAGGUCCCUGCUAUACGUAG